AGUGAGAAGUGAAAAAGUGGAAGAAGCAGCAAGUCACAAAACAUGAGCGGUGACGUGAAAGAUUAAAUUUCAAUGUAAAGGCACAGUGGAAAGAAUUCAGCUUUGGACGUGUUGCCGUGCAGAUGCUGUCGGAUUAACACAGAGGGAGAAAUGGUACGAGACGUAGAGAUAAGGGAACUGCAUAUUUCCUAGUUUGACUUGAUGGCAACGUUUUAAAGAUCCCCACCAUCCCCGGAAAUGAUGGGUUCUAUGGUUGCGUGAUUCUCGAGGGACUCCAUGUUCCAGGAGAAGAAUGACAAUACGCUGAAACCAUGAACACCUCAUGUUCUCCAUCAGACACUAGCGAGGUCCCUGACUUUUGCUAAUUUUCAUCUGCCUUCAUCCUCCUGAAAGAAACACCACGAUCAGAUACUUCUUCCCCCGAAGCUUUUGGCUGCAGCUCACAUUUCCUGGAAGGUGCACUGAAAUCUGGAUUUUAUAGACACUAUUCUAUUUUCAGACCAGGAUAGACCGAGUAGCUUUUGAAGAAGCGACUGUGUUAAAAUUACCAUACCCCUGCUAUUCCUCAGUCCUAGUUCUUUCCCUCUGAGUCCCAGAGGCACCGACUGAUGGAGAGACAGAGGAGAGAGUCAGGAUAAGGACAAGAAUUUGUACAUCAGAGGAGAAAAUAACUGCAGAUUCAUUGAAAAAGCCUCAAAAAGUGGCUCCUUUAAGAAAUUAAUCCAGCUAGGCUCAUAUCCCUGCUCAUUUAAUUACAAAAAUAUUGUUUUCAUUUAAAAUCUGUGAACCACAGUAAAGCUUGACUGUGCGUCUUCAAUUCGACCCAUAAGCUAGAUAAAAAAGCACGAUUAUUAACAGUGAGAAUGACAAGAGGGUUAAGAAUCAAAUGGCCCCUGUGGCCUGUGACCCUCCUAAGUCUGUUCACUACAGUCGCCGUGCUGGAAUUCGGUGGGGCACCUGGACAGUGGGCAAGAUACGGGCGCUGGGAAGCUGGUUCAGUGGGCGAGCUAAGCUUCAGUCUCAAGACCAACAUUAGCAAAGCCUUAGUUCUCUAUCUGGACGACGGUGGCAACUGUGACUUCCUGGAGCUGCUGAUCGCUGGAGGGCGGCUGCAGCUGCGCUUUGCCAUCCACUGUGCCGAGCCGGCCACUUUACACCUGGAGACGAGGGUGAACGACGACCGUUGGCACAUGGUCUUGCUCACCCGCAACUUUCGCGAGACACUCUUGAUGGUGGACGGAGAAACGAAAGUGGCCGAGGUCAAGUCCAAAAGGAAGGAGAUGGCGGUGGUCAGUGACCUGUUUGUAGGGGGCAUCCCACCAGAUGUACGUCUCUCUGCGCUGACGUCCAGUACAGUGAAAUAUGAGCCACCGUUCCUGGGCUUGAUUUCCAAUCUCAAGGUGGGGGAGAUGCCUCCCACCUUGCUAAACAGCCAGGGCAUUCAGAGUGACCUGGAGUACCUGUGCACCAAGCAGAACCCAUGCUUCAAUGGAGGGUUUUGCUCUAUUCAGAAUGGAGAAGUUCACUGUGACUGCACCAACACCCGCUUCAAGGGGAAGUACUGCAAGGAAGCUGAAGAGUUUGCUGUUGAAGGUGAUUUAUCUCAAACCGGUAAGGAUGAGUCUGUGGCUACCUUCAAAGGCAACGAGUUCUUCUGCUACGACCUGUCGAUGACCCCCAUUCAGAGCAGCACGGACGAGAUCACUCUCUCUUUCCGCACCCUGCAACGUAACGGCCUCAUGCUGCACACCGGGAAGUCGGCCGACUACGUGAACCUUUCUUUGAAGAGCGGCGCAGUGUGGCUGGUCAUAAAUCUGGGCUCGGGGGCCUUUGAGGCCCUGGUGGAGCCCGUCAAUGGCAAGUUCAAUGACAAUGCCUGGCACGAUGUACGCGUCACCCGCAACCUGCGUCAGCACGCAGGCAUUGGACACGCUAUGGUGACGAUCUCAGUGGACGGUAUACUCACCACCACUGGUUACACCCAGGAGGACUACACCAUGCUGGGCUCCGAUGACUUCUUCUACAUCGGGGGAAGCCCCAACACUGCUGACCUACCUGGUUCACCGGUCAGCAACAACUUCAUGGGCUGCCUCAAAGAUGUGGUAUACAAGAAUAAUGACUUUAAGCUGGAGCUCUCACGAUUGGCCUUUGAACGGGACCCUAAAAUCACCCUCAGCGGUGAUCUGGUGUUUCGCUGUGAAGAUGUGGCAGCCUUGGACCCGGUUACCUUUGAGACGCCCGAAUCCUACAUAUCAUUGCCCAAGUGGAACACCAAAAAAACUGGUUCCAUCUCCUUCGACUUCCGCACGACAGAGCCCAGCGGCCUCCUGCUCUUCAGCCACGGCCGUCCUCAGAGUCCCAAAGAGCAGAAGCCCGGUCGAGAGCUAAAGACUGAUUACUUUGCAAUGGAGCUGCUGGACGGGUACUUGUACCUGCUAAUCGACAUGGGCUCUGGAAAAACGAAGCUGAAGGCCAGUAACAAAAAGGUCAAUGAUGGAGAUUGGUGCCACGUAGAUUUCCAGAGAGAAGGCAGGAAAGGAUCUAUUUCAGUCAACAGCCGCAGCAUGCCCUUCAGCUCCCCGGAGAGCAGUGAAAUCCUGGAUCUGGACAGUGAUAUGUUCCUGGGCGGCCUGCCUGAAUCCAAGUCUGACCUCAUCCUGCCACCAGAGGUUUGGACGGCGCUGCUAAACUACGGCUACGUAGGUUGCGUUCGUGAUCUCUUUAUUGAUGGCAAGAGCCGCGACGUGCGGCGUCUGGCCGAGAUCCAAAGCGCACCAGGUGUCAGCAGUUUCUGCACCCGCGAGCUUCAGAAGCGCUGCAGUACCACCCCGUGUGGGAAUGGAGGUCUGUGCAAGGAGGGCUGGAACCGAUACAUCUGUGAUUGUACCGGCACCGGAUAUCUGGGUACCAACUGCGAAAUAGAGGCAACGGUGCUGAGUUAUGAUGGCAGCAUGUACCUGAAGAUCAUCAUGCCCAUCACCAUGCACACAGAGGCCGAGGACUUGGCGCUGCGUUUCAUGUCUCAGCGGGCGUACGGUCUGCUCAUGGCCACCACCUCCAAAGAGUCAGCCGACACCCUGCGCCUGGAGCUGGACGGAGGCCGUGUGAAGCUCACCGUGAAUCUCGAUUGUAUCAGGAUAGACUGUAGUCUCAGCAAAGGACCCGAGAUCCUGUUCGCGGGGCAGAAGCUGAACGACAACGAGUGGCACAUGGUGAAGGUGGUUCGAAGAGGGAAGAGCCUGCAGCUGUCUGUGGAUAAUGUCACAGUAGAAGGUCAGAUGACUGGUGCCCACACCCGUCUGGAAUUCCACAACAUUGAAACUGGCAUCAUGACCGAGCGCCGCUUCAUAUCCGUGGUGCCAUCCAACUUCAUUGGCCAUCUCCAAGGCCUGACCUUCAACGGGUUGCCGUAUCUCGACCAGUGCAAAAACGGCGACAUAUCUUACUGCGAGCUGAAUGCCCGCUUUGGAAUGCGCCACAUCAUUGCGGAUCCGGUGACUUUUCGAACGAAAGGCAGCUACUUGGCGUUGGCCACGUUACAAGCUUACGCCUCCAUGCACCUGUUCUUUCAGUUCAAAACCACAACACCUGACGGCUUGAUGCUGUUCAACUCCGGAGACGGGAGUGACUUCAUUGUUGUGGAACUGGUGAAGGGUUUUGUCCACUACGUCUUUGAUCUGGGCAAUGGGCCUUCAUUGAUGAAGGGCAACUCAGACAAGCCACUUAACGACAACCAAUGGCACAACGUUGUGGUUUCCCGGGAUGCCAACAAUGUGCAUACGCUCAAGAUCGACUCACGCACCGUGACGCAGCACUCCAAUGGAGCCCGGAACCUGGACCUCAAAGGGGAGCUGUAUAUCGGUGGCGUGACAAAGAACAUGUACAGUAAUCUGCCCAAACUCAUUGCAUCCCGGGAUGGGUACCAAGGUUGUCUGGCCUCUGUGGACUUGAAUGGGAGACUCCCCGACCUGAUUGCAGAUGCCCUCCACAGGGUGGGUCAAGUGGAUCGAGGCUGCGAUGGACCCAGUACCGCCUGUGCGGAGGAGUCUUGCUACCAUCAGGGGGUGUGUCUCCAGCAGUGGGAGGGCUUCACCUGCGACUGCACGAUGACGUCCUAUGGUGGUGCAUUCUGCAACGACCCUGGGACAACUUACAUCUUCGGAAGAGGCGGAGCCCUCAUCACAUAUACCUGGCCGCCCAAUGACCGGCCGAGUACACGGGCAGACCGGCUGGCAGUGGGCUUCAGCACUCAGCUGAAGGAGGCCAUUCUGGUCAGAGUGGAGAGUGCCAAGGGACUGGGAGACUACUUGGAGCUGCACAUAGAACGAGGAAAGGUUGGUGUGAUCUUUAACGUGGGAACAGAUGACAUCAUCAUCGAAGAGAGUGCGGUGAUGGUGAGCGACGGCAAAUAUCACGUGGUGCGAUUCACACGCAGUGGCGGCAAUGCCACUUUACAGGUGGACAAUCAGCCUGUCAUCGAACGUUUCCCCUCAGGGAACUUUGAUAAUGAGCGCCUGGCUAUUGCUAGACAAAGAAUCCCAUACCGACUCGGUCGGGUAGUUGAUGAGUGGCUACUUGACAAAGGUCGCCAGCUGACCAUCUUCAACAGCCAAGCGUUCAUCAAAAUAGGUGGAGGUGGAGAGACGGGACGCCACUUCCAAGGUCAGAUCUCGGGUCUGUACUACAACGGCCUGCAGGUGCUCAAACUGGCGGCAGAGGGCGACCCUAACGUCCAGACGCAGGGUAACCUGCGGCUAGUGGGUGACGUGCCCUCUGUGCUAACCACGGACACCACCUCCACCACACCACUGGCUGACAUGUCCACCACAAUAAUGGAGACUACCACCACCAUGGCCACGACUACUACCCGCAAACAGCGCUCACCCACCAUGAGGGACAGUGUAACACAGAAUGCAGAUGACCUUUUAGUAGCAUCGGCUGAGUGUCCCAGCGAUGAUGAAGAUUUGGAAGAGUGUGAGCCUGGAAAUGGAGGUGAAUUAGUGUUGCCAAUAAUUACCAUGGACUCUCUAGAUCCCCCCUCUAUCGCAACCCGCUUUCCAGUAAUCCCCUCACCUCCCACCACUUAUCGCCCUUUCCUCACCUUGCUCGAAACCACCAAAGAGGCCCUCCCCUUGCCCAACGGCCGCCCCCCAUGCCCCUUGGAUCAGGAAGACUGCGAAGAGACCAUUGAGGUAUCGGCAUACGGCUCUGGGGAGAUGACCGAGUCAGAUGAUGAGGACUAUAAUAAAAACUCCCCCCUGGUCACUGAUAGAACUGUCCUUCCACCUCCCCCGGCCGCCGAUGGAGGUGUCCAGAACCCACGAGAUCGCCAUUUCUCCCGAUUUCCCAACUCCCACAACCCACCUCAGUCCUCCACUCCUACAGCCAACCCUGACCAGCUCAGUCCUCGCAUCAAAUCGUCUGCCGGUGGCAGCAGCAGUAGCAACAAUAUCCCCGCUGGGAAAAUGAAUAACCGGGACCAGGUGCUGCUGCCGCCAGCGCACCCUUCGUCAGAUCCAGGCCACCAUAGAGUGCCGGGAAUAACCUACCCCCCGAAUUUUCCUCAUGUUCCCACUCCAGAUCCCACAUCUCCCGAGAGAGGGCUCCCAGGCGCUGUGGAGGUGCAGCAGUCGAGCAGCACCACAGGAAUGGUCGUCGGCAUCGUGGCAGCGGCGGCACUAUGUAUCCUCAUCUUGCUGUAUGCCAUGUACAAGUACCGAAACCGGGAUGAGGGCUCAUAUCAGGUGGACCAGAGUCGCAACUACAUCAGCAACUCAGCCACGCAGAGCAACGGAGCCUUGGUGAAGGAGAAACAGCCCAGCACUGCCAAGACAGUCACCAAGAACAAGAAGAACAAAGACAAAGAGUACUACGUCUGAGGGACCGCCUCCUCCCUUUCCCCUCCGACACACAGAGACAGACAGCGGAUUCACUUAGAGAAGGAAAGAGACACAAGGGAGGAAGAAAGAGAGAGGGAGAGAGGCAGUAUAUAUAAAAUGUAAAACACAACAUUAAACUCAGUAUUGUCAGGUGAUCAUACAUGUUACAGAAUCUAGUUUCAUUCAGAAGGAAGUGGCAACUGAAAAAGCAAGGCUGACGUAAAUAAUUUGUGGAGAGAAAUUCAAGUGGUCCUCUGAUCGAGUUGUUCAUUUAGUUGUGGUUUUGGGCAAAAGUUGUUACACCUCAGAUUCAAACACACAAUGUGCCAACAGUCAUGAAGCAAACGCUGAUACCAGAUAUUUACGAAUAACGGGCCAUUUAAUACCACGAGUACUGCAGAAAAGCGCCAUCAUCAGUAUUUGUGUCAAGGUCUAUAAUUCAUUCUGAGGCAACUUGUGGUGUAAGUCGUCACCUUAGACAGUAUCAGCAUAUUAUUUUUCCCAACCAGGCUUGAGUUAGCAACAUGACAUCCCUCUGUGAAUCAAUAUACUGCCAGCUUACUGAAAUCCAGCUUCUUUAACUCUGAUUGAAGGGUCCUCUCUUUCUUCCUCCCCCAGCCUCGUGCGCUGUUUCUUUCCUUGUCUACAGUGAUCAGCGGCUGAUGCGACGUAAACUCAAGCAUGUAGUAUUCAUUUAUGAAAAAGAGAUAAAAACUGUUAUUCUUUCUGUGGAGUUUUAAAAAAGAGUUAUACAAUUGAUGAUCAUACCAACGUUUAACGUAGCAACUAUGUGAGACACCUCCGCUCCAAGCUAACGGACGCUAACUUGUACGUUUAGCUGCCAAAAAACUUGUUGAGGCCAAAACCUCUCGGUCGUCCUUAUGUCCCAGCAGAUCUGUGUCAUGUAUUUCUAGGGCUCCGAGGUCGCCUUUCAUUGGGCCGGCAGAGAAACUGUCUUUGUCCUACACGUACUAAUAACAGAAAAACAAAGAAGAACCUCCAGCAAAUUAAACAAACUCUGUUCCACAUAAUUAUAAAUAUAUGUAUAGACGUUGCAGAAACCCAAGGACCUACAAUGUGUUCAAAUGGGAACAAGAGCGUUCAUUGAUGAUACACAGAAAAGACGGUCUUCAAGCUGAGGGACGUCAGAGCAGAUUCACCUCCUCAAUGCCCCUUGAAUCCCCUUCAGUUUCAUGACCAAGAACAACUGAUGCAAUGCCUUGCUGCAAGACUCAGUCACUUCAGUUUGUUCUUUUGAAA